AAAUAAGAAAAUUAAACAGUUUAUAUGAAAAGACCAUACAAAUUAAUAAAUGAGACAGAUAAACCAGCCCAGUUUUUACUAAUUUACUGUAGGCCCAAAUGAGUUACUGUAUAAUAUAUAUAUAUAUCAGUAUCUUUUAUUCAAUAAAAGCAUAUACAAAUAGUGGCAAAAUAAAAUUCUUUGGCUGAAUUGAGAAAGUUUUACAUACAUAGGCCUGCCAAAGUCAAAAUGUAUUUUAUUAUAUUAUAUCAUAUGAUUGUAUGAUGUUUGUGAUUCUAGCUAGAUUUUUAUACCAGUCUGUUAGUGGCGAUUAUUCGCUGUUGGAUUGGAAUAAAUAAAUAAGUAAAUAUACUUUCAUAAAAUAUCAUUUAAAAAUACUUUACAUUAAAAAAUACGGUGUUAUUCAUAAAUCAUUUAAAUUGAAUACCAGCCAUUUUAAGGAAUAUAGGAACGGUGAUAUUUAAUGCGUCUGUUAUGUCGACAAGAAAAAUAAUAUUUUUUUUUUCUAAACUUACAAUUUGAAAGCUAACACAAUUCCAUAUAAAAUGUAAGCAUUUGCGAUAUAGACGGUGUCGUCCUAGCUAGUUGUAUCAAAACAAUGUAUAAAUACAUGUAUACAUUUCGAUAAUUUCAACACUAUUCAGUUUGUCCAUCGAGACACGUGCGUGGAACAUCAUCUCCGACAUUGGUCGGAUAUGAAUUGUACUGUUGUGACCAUUUCAUCACAUACAUUAGGUCUAUAUGUCAUUAGCGAAUACUUAUUGGGUUUAAGAAAUCAAAUAUCCACAAUACACCGCAUGAUAUUUCAUUUCGAAAACUGAUUCUUUCUACAAAAAUCUAAAAUUAAGAAAUCUUUGGGAUAAUAAUUAGAAUGAGUAUGAUGAUUAUCACAAUGUGUAUAAUGAAUGUCCCAUUAUUUAAAGAAAUACAUUGUCUAUAUAUGUAUUAAUUAUAAUUGAUUAGGCUACAUAGUAGAUAUUAAUUAGUUCAGGUAUUUAAUUGUAUAGCUGUUAAUGAACUGUCAAUAUAUAGGCAGAUGGCCAUAAAUCAAUAAUGCCACAUGUUGCCUCCGUUGUAAAUGAAACUUAUUUUAGUCCCAUAAAUAUAUAAAUUAUGAUCUAUUACCUUUAAAAUCAUUCCAAAGCAGUCAUUGCUGCGGAGUAGUUUCACAGACUAUCUCUCAUCAAAUAAAACUUCAGCCUUCUAAAUGGAUUCUUCUAAAAUAAGUGCGGUUUUGAUCGUAUUUUUCCUGAUGAUGUCAUUACAGCUAGCCUGUGCCCGACCACCAAAGAACGACACACAGCAAAGAAAGGGUGCAGAUGAUCCGGUGGUAGUUGCAGCGGAAGAGGGUGCUGACAUAAUUCUAACCAAACAACAGAAUGACACAAUAUCCCGAAAUGGAGGACGUUUCAGAAGAAGGACUGAUUUGAUCAGUCCGUGGCCGAAUAACCAUGUAGUAUUUGAAAUCGUUGACAUCCACGAGAGUUUAAAGCCGUUAGUGUAUCAAGCAGUGGCCGACUGGUCUCGAGACACGUGCAUAACGUUCGAAGAGUAUGAUUAUGUAGACCAAUAUCAAGACCGUCUCCAGUUUGUGUUUACUGAAAAUGGAUGUUACUCAUAUUUAGGAUACACGUCUGGACUUCAGCCAAUCUCCUUGGCCAAUUCGGGAUGUUCACAUAUCAGCGUUAUUUUACACGAACUUGGCCAUGCACUUGGCCUAGCUCACGAGCAGACCAGGCCGGAUAGGGACGACUAUAUUCAAGUUUUGGAAGAAAAUAUCGAAGACGGUUACCAUUCACAGUACGCCAUUCUGGACCUGCCUAACGACGAGAACGUACCGUACGAUGUAGGCUCCAUCAUGCAUUAUAGUCAGUGGACUUUCAGCAAGGUUCCAUAUAACGACGAAUUCUCUACGAUGAUAGCACAUGACCCACUGAAGCAUUCUGGGAUGGGUCAACAUGGAAGACUCAGUCACAUUGAUAAGAUGUACAUGAAUAAACAUUACAACUGCAUGGAUCACUGCACCCCGGAGCAGUUGGCACAGAUUUGUCAAUACGGUGGCUUUGUUGGUAAAGAUUGCGUAUGUGUAUGUCCAGAGGGGCUAGAAGGCCCAUUAUGCGACAGUAUGACACCAUCUCCAUCACCGGGUUGUGGUGGUCACUUUACCGAAGAUAAUGGCGAAGUAUUUUCACCAAAUUAUCCGUCCACGUAUCCAGAUAAUUCCGAUUGCAACUACUUCAUAACGGCUCCCGAAGGCUAUCGUAUUGAAUUGACAUUUCAAGAUUUUUCUGUUGAAGAAGACGCGUAUUGUUACUGGGAUCAGUUGUAUAUUCAGCACGACUCACCAAUGUAUGAUACUUCCAGCGCUGAUUUUUGUGGAACGUCUCUGUCCCAAACGGUGAUCAAUUCGAUCAAUAAUACCAUCUACAUGCGUUUCCACUCUGAUGACUGGUUUUCGGAAACUGGUUUUCACGCAUCAUACAGAUUCAUUGAUAGUACAUCUCCAGAACUGACGUGUCCGUCACACCGCUUGUAUACUACAUCCAUCGUUAACUAUGAAUCCGCUAACGUCACCGACAAUUCUGGAGAGGAGUUGACCGUGAUAUGUACCCCUCAUUCAGGCAGUGCGUUUGCCAUUGGUACAACUCAAGUUGUCUGCUCCGCUUCUGACGCCGCUAAUAACACUGGAUCGUGUACAUUUGGCGUAUCAGUACAAAGUGUCACCGCACCGCAGAUCGUUUGCCCUCCUGCUCAGACUACAUCAGCAGACAGUAGCCAUUAUGAUGCUUUCGUAAAGUAUGAAGAUGCGAACGCAACAGAUAGCAAUGGAGUGUCUUUGCCUGUAGUCUGCACGCCGGCUUCUGACACUUUGUUCGGGGUUGGUACAACCCAAGUCAUGUGCUCUGCUGUAGAUGGGUCAGGGAAUGCCGGGACAUGUUCAUUUGAUAUCACUGUCACAGAUGAUGAGGCACCAGAACUGAGUUGCCCACCACAGAUGACAGUUACAGCAAACCCGGGUGCAUUGUCUGCUGUCGUUACUUUUGAUAAUGCCGUAGUGUCAGACAAUUCUGGAGAUCAUAUAUUGGCAGUGUGUUCUCCAGCAUCUGGAAGCUCCUUCGAUAUUGGCACUGCUUUGGUUCAAUGUAGUGCAAGUGAUGCUUCUGGCAAUCAAGAUUUGUGUAACUUCCAAGUAACCAUUGAAGCUGCUCCAAUACUAUCAACGGAACAGCCAAAUGAUGUCCAGCCCCCUGUUUUGACAUGUCCACCUAGUCAGUGGAUACCUGCAAUCCCUGGUACAGCAACAGCUACCGUCAGUUUCAACGUAACCGAUGUUCAGGACAACACUGACCUAGGCCUAAUUGCAACUUGCCAACCAUCAUCGUCAAGCGUAUUUCCUAUUGGUACCACGCAUGUCAUCUGUUCUGCCACCGACUUAAGUGCCAAUACUGGUGAAUGUGGAUUUAAUAUUACAAUCACAGAUGAAGAGCCUCCACAUGUCACGUGCCCAGAUAAAAUAUUGACGUCAGCCGAUUUUGGCAAAUCUUAUGCACCGGUGACAUUUAAUGCCAUUGUAGCGACAGAUAACUCUGGGGAAACCCUUACAACUAUAUGCUUCCCAGAAUCCGGCAGCACCUUCGCUUUAGGCAACACUACAGUCACGUGUUCUGCAUGGGACGCUUCUCAUAAUCUUGGACUUUGCAAUUUUGAUGUCAACGUUAUAGAUGUUGAGGCUCCUGUGCUGUCGUGUCCUGACUCGGUGGUUAGACCUACCGACGCUGGCAAGAAUACUGCAAUGUUUUUGUACGAUCCUGCAGCUGUAACUGACAACUCCGGAGAGAGCUUGUAUGCAAUUUGUACACCGAUGUCUCACAGUCUAUUUGGCAUAGGUUCACACACCAUCAUGUGCUCAGCACUUGAUUCUGCGAACAACCGCGGAACCUGUUACUUUAUGGUUUCAAUUGAGGACCAUGAGGCUCCAGUGAUCACGUGUCCACCUUCGUUGUCCGUUGAAGUAGCACCACCAUCAUUAUCUGCAAUUGUUGAUUUUCUUCCACCAAGUGUCCUGGAUAACUCGCGAGAGAACAUCACCUCCUUAUGCUUCCCUGAUACUGGAAUGGAAUUCCCGCUUGGUGUCUCUCACGUGACAUGUUAUGCCACGGAUUCCUUUGGGAAUUCAGACAAUUGUGAUUUUAAUAUCACUGUUUCAGAAUCAAGUAAUUCUAAUGGGGCAAUUCACGUUCCAGCAAUUGGUGGAUGUGGACCUCCGGGUCAAAGGCCAACUAAUUGGUACUUCGAUUCACUUCAAUCCGAGAACUACCCAGGACCUUAUGCCAACUAUGACGAUUGUCGGUGGAAAAUCGAUGUACCUGACGGUUACUACGCUUAUUUAUGGUUUGAACGAUUUGACGUUGAGUCCUGGAUAGAAUACGAUUUUUGCUUCGACUAUCUUACUAUUACAACUUUCCACACCAACAGGAGAAAUAAACGAACUUCUAACACGGAUGUAUAUUGUGGACAAGAAUUACCACCAGAUGUCUGCACAGACGAUGAUAUCAUCAUUAAUCUUGAUGCCGAUAAUAUAAUCACAUGGACGGGUUUCUUACUUCAUUAUAGAAUCCUAGACACUAAACCUGGAGUGUGGGAUUCUUGGUCUGCCUGGAGUACAUGUAGCGCCACCUGCGGCUCUGGAUACAAGCAACGUACCCGUGUGUGCCCCACCUCUGACUGCGUGGGCCCCAAUUCACAAGCAACAUCAUGUGAUUUACACCAAUGUCCAAUCGGUUGCCAACCUGCUAUUGAACACAACGUGACGAGUAGUGGAGGAAGAAUUCGUUCCCCGGGCUACCCAUUCCAGUACCCGAGGAAAUACUUCAUCAGUAGAUGGGAGCCCUGCAGUGUCAACGUUAAUAUUCCAGACAACAUGUCGGUUACGUUCUCUUUCGAAGACCUUGAUCUUACCUCCUCAACCAGCUGCUACUUUGAUUACUUGCUAUUUAAUUCACCAAGCAGAACAAAAGAAAUUUGUGGUAAUGACAGAUCACAGACGCUUACCUUUUUCAACGGUCCUAUCGAAGUUAUUUUCCACACUGAUAAUGGAUUACUUUAUGACGUGUUCAGCAGAGGGUUCGACAUGAAGUAUACCUACAACGUAAUAACGGCCUAAGAGAGUCAAUUCAUUAGGCGCUCAAUAUACACUUACUGUUUGUAAGUAAAAAAAAAAACGCGUCGUAACUAUUUACACAGAGAUGCUACAUGUGACUGUCCUUAAAAUUAUCAUUUGAAAUUAUAUUAAUCAUAAUGAUAAUAUUAAUUAUAGUCUUUAUUACAAUGAAUUAAGUAUGAUUAUUAUUCUCAAUGUUUUUAAUAACAAGGUUUAGAAGUUUUAUGGUGUUAGUUACUAUUUUAUUAAUUUUGGAUAGGCCCUACUUAGCAAUGUCUGUUACAUCUGAGUUCUUUUGACCCCGAGCUUGUUAAGUGCUUCUAUAAACUACAAUUUGAUUCGUAAAAAUUGACCAACAAAAUAAAAUAUAUAGCAAAUGAAAAUUUACGAUUUUUAUAAAAAUUCAUGUGCUUAUAUAACAUUAAACUGUCAUUUUGACAAUGUUGGUCUAAGGUGCACAAAACGAACAUUUGAGUAGAUACAGAAAUUUUAUUUAUUUUUUCUGCGAAGUGAGUCUCAUGAACCACCGGACACCACCUCAUCGGUAAAAAUUGUGUUGAAAUAACGAAUAUAAAUUCAGUCUAACGUUAAUGCAAAAAUUCAUUAGGCCUUUGUAACCACCGAUUAAUGCGUCCUUUUGUUGAAUUGUCUUGGGAAAAUUAAGAGCGUAGAUCGCCUUUCCUUAGCUGUUGUUUGUGUAUACUAUUAUAGCCAAAACUCCUGCUAUAUUUUUCCAUUGAUAAACCUUGUAAAAUCGAAGGUACAAACAUUCUACGCGUAUAAUUAUAUAUACAUAUAUACAGAGAGACGAUAACACUAUUUCUUUAAAUAUAAUUGGAUUUUAGCUGUUUUCCUAAGAGAACAGUAUCACAAGAAGAGUACAGUAAAGAUAAAACAGAAAUAUAGGAAAGGUCAACCACUAAGCAUGAAUAUCUAAUUUACAUUAAAUAGUAUAUAAAAAGAUGACUUACAUGUAUAUAUAAAGGUUAUAUAUACACACAUAUAACAUGUUAAAGCAUACAUAACAUGUAUAUUAUGUACGUCUGUAUGUGAUUUAUGUAAUGUUAGCAAAUGCAACAGGAACGAACGAAGAUAUCAUUACAUUAAUAAAUAGAACUAGACAUUUUUUAAUUAACUUUUGCAUCAUUAGGUGUAUACUCUUCUUUAACGGUUUUAAAUUUCAAGGUAGAUGUACCUUAAUAUUAAUAACAUACUUAUUUCAAUAUUUGUCUGUAUUUCCAUGCAUAUUGCAUUUUAGUCGGUACGUCGGCGUAUACAAGAUUCAUCCACUUACGUACAAAUAAGCCUAUGUUUACAUUCCAAAAUGUAAUUAUCUAUCUCAAUCUUCCCAUUGUCGCUACUAUUUACUAUUUAAUAGGAAUUAAUAAUAUAAGUAUGUAUUUUGGCGGUACUAUUUUUAGUACAAUGUUGAAAGUCUGAUUUCGUAAUCAUUACAGUGGUUCAUUUUUUUUAAAUAAACUCAAUGCAGAACUGAAGCGUGAUAUAAACUUUAAGUGUCGCAGAUAAAAGUAUUGUAAAAAACAAUUUUUGGAAAGAAAUACAGCACCUAAAUGAUAAUAGUAAAAUCAUGGAGGUAUAAUACCGGUAUGUAUGUAUUAUUAUUAAUAUUAUUAUUGUUAAUUAUUAUUAUUACUAUAAAUAUUUUUACGAUUGGUACUCCGAACGAUAAUAUAAGUAUUAUUACUAUUGUUAUUAUAAUGUAAUGUAAUAAUGUUUAUUGUGAAAUGGAAGUAGAAAUAUUGCUCGAAAUAAACAUGGAUGUGACACCCAAAACUGAAA